CCAAAACAGCUGUUCUGGAACAGUGAUUGCACCAAGCGCUGCCAGUGCAUCGGCCGUAAUCUCAUCCAGUGUGACCCGCGCCGCUGCAAGGCCGAGGAGGAGUGCGCCCUGCGCCAUGGCGUGCGCGGCUGCUUCACCCAGCGCUUGCAGCACUGUGUGGCGUCUGGUGGCGGUGUCUUCAGGACCUUUGAUGGGGCGUCCCUCCGCCUGCCUGCCUCCUGCUCCUUCGUGCUGUCCACCAACUGCCACAAGCUACCUGACCUCUCCUUUCAGCUCAUCGCAAACUUCGACAAGUGGAGCACGCCCAACCUCACCACCAUCUCCCAUGCAUACCUCUAUAUUAACGAGGAGAAUAUCCUAAUCUCCGGGAGCACCGUGAAGGUGAACGGCACUCCUGUGUCAUUGCCUUUUGUCACGGGCCUGAUGACGCGCGUCUCCACUUCGGAGGGCUUCCUGGUCAUCGACACGCCGCAGGACAUCCAGGUGCGCUACAACCGCUUCAACACGCUCAGCAUCACUAUGGGCCAGCGGCUGKAAAACAAGGUGUGCGGCCUUUGCGGCAACUUCAACGGAGACCCCACUGACGACUACAUCACCUCCCAUGGGAAGCCGGCCAUCAGCGCCCUGGAGCUGGCCCAGAGCUGGAAGACCAAUG